GUUUUUAGGUUUUGUUUUUCUUGUAUGGUUAAAAACUAUUAUCUAACUGACCGAGAUUAGAGAUAGCUAGACCCAAAAAUCCAUAAGAUCUAAAUCGGAGACUGCGAUCGAGACGAACGCCAUCAGUCUCUGUAUCUGUUAUUGCCCUUCGCCUCUGUCACGGGUCCCUCUGGUUCUUCUCAAACAGCAAGUGUGUGUUCUUUUGAGCUUCCGUACGGGCACUGUUAAUCUCUAUGGAUACCAAAACCUGCUCGGGAGAUACAAUCAGCGGGCUCCCACACGAAGUUUUGGGCAAAAUUUUGUCCUUGCUGCCGACAAAACAGGCUGUAUCAACAUCUGUUCUCUCCAAAAAGUGGAGUUAUAUGUAUAGAUUGGUGGAUAGUCUUGAUUUUGAUGAUUCCGUCUCGCUGCUUGCGGAAGAUGGUGAACAAACAAGUUAUGUGUUUCCAGAUAGCUUCAAAUAUAUUGUGGAUCGAACAUUGGCUUUGCAGUGUGAUUAUUCGAUCAAGAAAUUCUCACUAAAAUGCCACGUUGGCGCGGAAAAUGAAGGCCAAAAGGCUUGUGUGGGACGAUGGAUAUCCAAUGUUGUAGGACGCGGUAUUUUUGAAUUGGACCUAGGGAUAAAAGAUCGGGGUAUACAUUUUCUACCUCCUCAGCUCUUCGCAACCAAGACACUGGUUAAGUUGACACUAGGAACAGAGCUCUACCUUGGAAAGCUUCCUUCAUAUGUGUCACUUCCAUCUCUUAAGAUUCUCUUCAUCGAUACAGUUUUCUUCGAAUAUGAAGAUUUGUGUUUUGUGCUUCUUGCUGGUUGCCCGGUGCUCGAGGAAUUAUCAGUCCAUCACCAUGACCAAGCUAUCCCUCACACAAUAUCGAGUCCAACGGUCAAAAGACUAUCAGUUGACUACAACCUUCAUAGCGAGAGCGAACUGUCAUUUGACCUGCCAAACCUAGAGUACCUCGACUACUCUGAUUUCUCCUUGUAUGAGUAUCCACAAGUUAACUUGGAAUCCCUUGUUGAAGCUAAGCUGGAUCUUUUUCGGGCUGGAAAUUUGGAGAGGCCGGAUGUAACUAAUCUCAUUAUGGGGAUAAGAAAUGUUGAGAUCCUUCAUCUAUCUCCCUCUUCGGUUGAUGUGAUCUGUUCAUGCUGUAAACGUGGGCUAAUUUUACCGGUAUUCAGCAAUCUGAUUAAUUUAUCUUUUGGGAGUAAGAAUAAACGAGGUUGGAAAUUGCUGGCAAAUAUGCUUAAGCAGUCUCCAAAGCUUGAAACUUUAAUCAUCCAGGAUCUGAAAGGCUACACAUGGGAUGUCUCCAUGCCUUCGAACCAAGUGAAGGCAUUGCAUGUUCUGAAUUAUGGAGGAACUAAUGAAGAGUUUGAACAGUUGGAGAAGAGUUUUCUAGGGAAGAAAUGUAAUGCAGAAGCUGUGGUAGAUGAUGGCAUAAGUUUGCAUACCAAAAGGUUUAUAGCGAUGCUUCAUGGAAUUUCACUUCUAGGAAAAUGCGAUUUCAGAGUGGCUAACUCACUUAUGUGACUUCUUCGUCAAGAGCGUGAAAAUUAUCUUUUUAUUUACAGGAUUACCUUGUUGGUUGGGAUUGUUUAUGUUCUGUAUGAGACUCGACUUCUUUCUCCUUCGACCAUUUAGUUUCUUACAUGAAUUUUCUUUUCUGUUCA